AUUGCUUGCUAAGCCGUAUUUCGAUUUUGUUCAAACACUCACUGUGUAUUGUGUAGUCUUAGCGUGGUAGUGUUGAUUUUGACGCACAUAUGUCUUCUUGAGUAGUUACAAUAAUUUACACUGUCAAUUAAUAAUAUUGGAGAAAUAGAAGAUACUCUGGAUGAACCUUUAACAAAUUUGCAUUUUAUUAAAUACAAUGCCCGCUGCCUGUAGUGAGAUCAUAGGUGAUAUUGAAGAUUUGAUCUCAUCUCAAGAUCUAACACCAAAAGAGAGGUACAGCAAUAAGAAGAAUGUAACUGCAAGGGUCAAAAAGCGAGUCGUCAAAGCUUCGAACAUUGAAGAGUUUGUCAAUAAUGAUGAUGUUCCUCGCAGUAUCAUACCGGGAACACAGACAAUUUACGUCAAAACUUGGGGAUGCACACAUAACAGCUCGGACAGUGAAUACAUGGCUGGUCAGCUGGCAGCGUAUGGCUAUACUCUUACUGAUGAAAAGGAAAAGGCAGAUCUUUGGCUUUUAAACAGUUGCACGGUGAAAAAUCCAGCUGAGGAUCAUUUUAGGAAUGAAAUCGAGGCAGGAGUGGGCCGAGGCAAGGCGGUGGUGGUGGCGGGGUGUGUGCCGCAGGGGGCCCCACGUGCCGACUACCUCAGGGGCCUUAGUGUCAUCGGUGUCCAGCAGAUAGACAGGGUCGUAGAGGUUGUUGAAGAGACUCUUAAAGGUAAUUCGGUGCGACUAUUUGGUCAAAAGAAGGUGGCUGGGAAGAAACUGGGUGGUGCUUCUCUCACUCUGCCGAAGGUGAGACGCAAUCCUCUUAUCGAGAUAAUAGCCAUCAACACAGGCUGCCUCAACCAGUGUACGUACUGCAAGACCAAACAUGCCAGAGGGGACCUGGGAAGCUAUCCUCCAGAGGAGAUAGUAGAGCGAGCGCGGCAGUCGUUCUCGGAGGGUGUGAAGGAAGUGUGGCUAACAUCGGAAGACACAGGGACUUACGGAAGGGACAUCGGGAGCUCACUGCCUCAGCUGCUGUGGCGAUUGGUCGACGUCAUUCCAGAGGAUUGCAUGUUGCGCGUAGGCAUGACCAAUCCCCCGUAUAUUUUAGAACAUCUAGAGGAGAUGGCUGCCAUAUUGAGUCACCCACGAGUGUACGCCUUCCUCCAUGUCCCAGUCCAGUCCGGUAGUGACUCUGUGUUGGCUGACAUGAAGCGGGAGUAUUGUCGGGAGGACUUCCUCAAGGUCGUGAACUUCCUGCGGCAGAGGGUUCCUGGGAUCACGAUUGCUACGGAUAUCAUCUGUGGGUUCCCCACAGAGACCGAGGCUGACUUUGAGGACACAAUGAGUCUCUGUGCAGACUGUCGUUUCCCCUCUCUGUACAUCAACCAGUUCUUCCCCCGCCCAGGUACUCCAGCCGCCCGACUACCCAGAAUACCCCCAACAGAGGUGAAGAAAAGGACCAAGAGGCUUUCAGAGCUGUUCCAGUCGUACGAGCCGUACACUGACAAGCUCGGCACCACACAACGGGUACUCAUUACUGAAGAAGCUUUCGACGGCAGACAUCUUGUCGGACACAACAAGUUCUACGAGCAGAUAUUGGUGGAGAAUAGACCGGACCUGAUGGGGCGUUCCGUGGAGGUAGUGAUUACGGCUACCAAGAAACACUGCAUGAUAGGCACCCUCAAGACCGAAGUAGUGAAGCCACCAACCAGACCAAACAUCUGUAGUGUGCUUCAGCCUUCUCUGUGUUCAUUUGUACUGGUUGCCUUAUUAGCCAAACUUCUAUGGUUUUUAUUUGUAAAUAUAUGAAAGUGUAAUAUAAAAAGUGUAUAUGAAA